UAAGAAUACAGUCGGCUUCGGCACUUGCUAGUCAAGAGAAUUGCGGUUGAGGAAUUUCCUGGAGUUGUGUAGUUCCUUCUCGGUCUCGAUCGGUCAGUGAAAUUGUCCUUUGUGUUGUAUCGCUUGUUUCGGUUCAACGCGCGAUAGCUUUGUAUGUACCUACCUAUCUGUUCCGUGCGGCUACGAUUCGCUCUGUUUGGGUUCAAGGAUAACAAGGCUUAACGGAUAACGAAAGCGUAGAGGGUAAGAAAGCUACGUUCGAUACCAACCAGACAGUGGUGAUAAACAACGAUUGCGAAGAAAAGUGAUCUCAAAGGACCUCUCAAGUUCAUGGACGAAGUGGGUGCACUGUGAAAGUUGAAGGAAUAAAACCAUCCAAACGUCAAGAUGAAAUCAAUCACCGCAUUACUAGUGAUCGGAGUUUUACUACGAGUAGAUAGUAGUUAUGGGAAAUUACCCGCCGCCAUCCGAGUGUGUUCACGCAGCGUUCCCGAUCUGAACAAAUGUGUCACGGAUUCGGUGAUAGCGCUUCGGCCCCUGCUGGCGACCGGAAAGUUUUCUGAUGAUUUCUCGAUACCGCCCCUGGAGCCGCUGGCUCUGGCUAACAUCAACAUGGAUCAGGGAGCGGAGUUCAAGGCCACCUUCAGCCGGUUGCUGGUGGAUGGACCGAGCCAGUUUCAGAUCGACAAUUUGAAAGUCAACCUUGAAAAGUUGACAUUCGACUUCAACAUCUACUUACCGAAGCUUGCGUUCCGGGGCAAAUACGACCUCAAGAUGCGACUAUUGCUGCUGAAUAUUGCCGGCAACGGCGAUCUGAAGGGGGUAAUCGAGAAUUCCCGUGCGCGCGUGAAGCUGUUCAACGAGAAGUACGAGAAAGAUGGCCAGCUGUACAUGCGUGUCAAGCGGUUGCUGGUCAAGAUCCAAAUCGAGAAGGGUCAGUUCGAUCUGAAGGACCUCUUCAACGGCGACCCGGUGCUUAGCCAGGUAGGCAACCAGUUUAUCAACGAUAACUCGAGGCUCUUCCUGGAUGAGCUGACGCCCGGUCUGGAACGCAGCCUCUCGGAGACGUUCAAAAACACGGCUAACGAGAUUCUCAAGCUGGCCACCAUGGACGACAUUUUCCCGGCGUAAUAGGCGAAAAUAAAUACCAAAAAAUGGUGAAAAGUUCAGGCAUAAUUGUACUUACAAUCGUCCUGAAUGGAUCGGUCUGCCGGUUAGCCUGUCGGACGAUCUUUAAAUAACACUUAAUUCUGUCUUCUGUACCUGCCGAGAGCCGGCAGGUAUUGUAUUGAACACUGGGAAGCUGUUGUCUGUGAUUAAUUUGCGUUUAGGUAUAAGCUUAUCUGUAUUUAAGUUGAUUACCUGUAAGAGCUCGCGAGUUUUUUUCUCUUCUGUUGUCGAGCCGCGAGGCUUGACGAAAAGAACUGAAAUCGUCAUUCACAUUUACGUUAAGAAUGGUAAACAAAAUAAACGAAAAUAAAACACUC